UGACUAAACUGAUACAUGAAUGUUACCUAAUAAAGAAACACAAAUGGAGAGAGGAAGACACCAAGGACUGGUCUGAAGAGCAGGUAAUGGAAGCAACACAAAUCAGUAUGUCACAAGCAUCACUAGUCAAUGGUAGCAUCAGUGCUAAAAUGAAGAGAAACAAACCUCGUGUGAUGUCUAAAAGUGGUCACAGUAAUAUCAGAAUUGACAAGGUAGAUGGUAUUUACUUGCUUUAUCUUCAGGACUUGUGGACCACAGUUAUUGACAUGAAAUGGAGAUACAAACUUACAUUAUUUGCUGCUACUUUCAUCAUGACUUGGUUUCUCUUUGGAGUCAUUUACUAUGCCAUUGCAUUUCUUCAUGGAGACCUGGAAGAGAGCAGGUACCCUCAGAAACAUGUCCCUUGUGUCAUGAAUGUAGAUUCACUAACUGGGGCAUUUCUCUUUUCUUUGGAAUCCCAAACAACUAUUGGUUAUGGCUUUCGGGUUAUCACUGAGGAAUGUCCUCAUGCCAUUUUUCUCUUGGUGGCGCAGUUAGUUCUCACUACAUUGAUUGAGAUUUUCAUUACUGGAACUUUCUUGGCCAAAAUUGCUAGACCUAAAAAAAGGGCUGAGACCAUUAAGUUCAGCCAUUGUGCUGUCAUAACCAAACACAGUGGACAGCUUUGCCUUGUAAUCCGUGUAGCAAAUAUGAGAAAGAGCCUCCUGAUUCAGUGCCAGCUAACUGGAAAGCUUCUUCAGACCUAUGAAACCAAAGAAGGAGAAAGGAUUCUGCUAAACCAAGCUAGUGUCAAAUUCCACGUGGAUUCAUCAUCAGAAAGCCCUUUCUUGAUUCUACCUCUGACUUUUUACCACAUUUUGGAUGAGAGCAGCCCUUUAAAUGACCUGACACCCCAAAAUCUAAAGGAAAAGGAUUUUGAACUCAUUAUCCUUUUGAAUGCCACAGUAGAAUCCACAAGUGCUGUAUGUCAGAGCCGAACAUCAUAUAUUCCAGAGGAGAUCUUCUGGGGUUUUGAAUUUCUGCCUGUGAUUUCCCUUUCACAGAAUGGAAAAUACGUUGCAGAUUUUAGUCAAUUUGAGCUGAUCAGAAGAAGCAUUGACUGUACAUUAUACAGUAUGGACCCUGAAAAGCAAAAAUUGGAAGAGCAAUAUAGAAAGGAAGAUCAGAGGGAGAGAGAACGCAGAACCAUGUUAUUACAACAAAGUAAUGUUUGAUGGCUCAUUUAUAACAAAUUAUACUGUAGAGAACAUUUCUAUAUGAAAGUCAUUUACUCAAACACUAUGAUUUUAUCAGAAUACAUUUUUUUCAGUUUUUGUGUAACAUAUGCCACAACAAUGGAAAAUUGAGGUAUACUUUGGGAAUAUAAAACCUGCCUUAAUAUGAACAAAACUGUUAUUAUGAUUAGCAGCGGCACACCAGAGUUCCAGAUAGGGAAUUUCACUAGCGCUAUCUGGAACUGAAUCCAUGACAUCUACUGACAUCUUUCUCCAGUGCUAAAAUGAAGUAAAAUGGUUAGCAUAUUGACAUUGUGCUGCCAAUGACUUUCUGAUCUGCAUCACUGGUGAUAAGCUGUUCUGUUUUGUCCAGUAUAACACAGGGUAGAAAGUCAGUAGAGUUAAUGCCUCUACUUCUUAAUUCCUCCCUUUCUUCUUACCAUUAGAGACAGAAUGUGGUUACCAUGUUGAUCUCCAGAGCUUUACCAUCUUCCUGUUGGUUGGUGUUUGAUAUAUGACAAUUGAUUUUCAAUGGUUGUACCUGAAGUUUGAUAUAUUGAACAUAUUUUUCCAGAUACAAAAGUUUGAUAUUUUGAGCAUAUUUCUCCAGAUAUAAAAAUCUACAUUGGUAUUUGUUUUAGAUAUAAGUAGUGAUUUUUAAAGUUUAUUGACAGGAAGUAUUAUGAACACUGGUACUUUGUACAGUGACACCAUGAUAUGAUGAAAACAGUUUGUAUGAUUCUGUCAAACUUAUUUUGUGUGGAUCUUAAUUGCUAUUUUUCUAAACUGACAUUUUUCCCUCCUUGUCCAGCUUAAAUUUGUACAUUAUUGAUAAUGUAUAAGAUAAAAAUCAGAACGGAAAAACAGAGGAAGAUCAAGCUUUGCUCUGAGUUCUCUCAUCAGCAUACUACUGAUCAAAAGCUUAAUAUGAAGUUCUCACAUUUUUAUUUGUACCCCUAUUAUUUUUAUGAGUAGAUCACUGUGCAACCCUAUCCAGUAAACCUUACUUCUCCUAUUGUCCCCAGAACAACAACUUUGUGAGGUGGGUUGGGUUGAGAGAGAGUGACUGUCCCAAAGUCACCCAGCUGGCUUUCAUAACUAAGGGAGAACUUGAAUUCAACUCUCCUGCUUUCUAGCCUGGUGCUUUAGCCACUAGAUCAAACUGGUUCUUAUAUAAACAAUGGUUUAAGGAAAGUGCCUGCACACAUCCUUUUUUUGGGUCAUUUUAGAUGAGCAAGAAAGAAUAAAAUAAAUGGCUCCAUAACCUUUUUGUUGAGUGCAAACUACUUUCUGCCCAGACAGUCUUCAAUGUAUUCACCAAUGCAAGUGACCAUGUUGGCCCACAAUGUUGCUCUGUCUCUCUCUCACACUCACUUUCCCUCCCUCCCUCCCUCUCCCCUCUAAAGGACAGAUUUAGAAACAUGUAAGGAUGAUGUUGAAGACAACAAUCAUAUAGGGGAAAUGUGGGUAACAAUAUUUUGCUUUUAUGAAGUAAUCUAUUUUAAAAGGUUGUUUAGCUUUGCCUUAGAAAACUGUGUAAUGCUCUUAAAUAAAGGAUUCUGAAAUAGUUACUGGCAAUAUUGGUUUGAACAUGUCAUCUGUGAAUGCUUGCUGUGCUAUUAAUAGGACAUGUAUAAAUGGUACUGUCAGCAAUUAGCCUUUGCAGACAACUGUGUCACAUGUCUCUAGUUACUGUCUGCUUGCAUUUUCUUAGCAUAAGAAAAACCAUUUCCCCAGUUGUAUAUUGUCCUGCUGCUGGUAAUACCACAUUUUGGCAAAUUGUCCCAAUUUCAUUGUUCCUAGAUCUAUCUGCCUUCUGACAUUCAAAUCUGCCCUUGGGCUCAUUUCAUAACCAGUUUUUAUUUUAACUUUGAACAUUAAAAUGACAUUGACUGGCUUUGAUUACUACUUUUCUGAAAAGAAAAAAAGUUUCUGACAUAAUUUAUAACAAAGUCAUAUUUUCUUGUGGUUUGACUAUUAUAUGGAUUCAGAAUUCAGUAUCAGUGUUAUACAGCAGAAGAUAAGCAGAUGUUCUCUUUUUAUAUAAAAAUAGCUAAAAAAGAAAAUAUGGAAUAAUUAUUUAUUUGACCUGAUAAAGUCAUAAAGAAUUUGCAGUCUUUGAUUUCUAACAUAAAAAUUGCUACAGAGGGUUUUUUCCCCUUCUGAAUGUCUUGUAAACAUGUUUAGACUUAUUGUGUCAUAAUAUGUAAGGUUUAAGUGAGAAUAGAAACAUUUCCUUUUUAAUUAUUUACAUUAGUAGCCAUAACCCAUAUUAGAUAAUAUCCCUGCAUUAAAUGUGCAGGUUCUGUGUGAAAAUAUAAUAAAAUGUAUCUUGCCCUACCUUAAGCCUUUCAGUUAAGUUAAUAAGAGAGGGUAAAUAAUUCAUUGUUUAGAAUUUGGACAUGGACAAUUAUAAUUCAACAACUAUGAUUCCUUAAGUUAAAUGAUUCCUUAUAACAACUGAGAACUUUUGCUGCUCAAAAAUAAUUUAGUAAUAAUAUCUCAGUAGCUUACUCAUAGUUGUGGCACAUACAAUUGUAAUGGUAAAGGCAUUGAAGCCUUGUCUAUCCUGAUCAUUAUUUGAGUAGGGUAUGUGGGGGUUAUAUUACAAAAAUAACUUUUUAAAAGAGCUGAUUUGACCCUGGUGGUCCAUUUUGAUUAGACAGUGAUUGAGACAACGCAAAUUCAUGAGAUAAUAAUUAGCCUAUUUGUUGCAUGUAACCGAAAUUUUUGAGAAGAUGUAAUGGUAUGUGAGAAAACAUACAUGUAAAAAGUAUCUCGGCCCUUGAUAGGCAGAAACAUUAUUUUUUAUGCCCUCCCUCAUUUUGUGAGUUAUCUUUUAUAUGUUCUGGUUUCUCCCUUCUGUUAGCCAAGAUCAUCCCCAUUAUAGAAAAUUAGUCCAGCCCAUGUUUAGUUUGAGAUGUGAAUUGAAUGCCUUAAGCUUAUAAAGAAGAAGAUAUAAAUCUUUCUGUCUUACUAACUUGAGACUGUUUACUAAUGGAGAAUUCUAUGGGCUGGAAUAGUACAGUAACUGGUGUAUAUACCCAGGCAUCUUUGAUGUGCCUCUCUGGUCUGCCAUGACAAUAUUUUAUCUACAGGAGACUAUAGUCUAGUUUAGACAUGGUUUCAGAUAUUUGGUAUUGUUUAUACAGACUCAGUUUUAAGCACAGCCUAAAUCAUUAAUAAAAUGUACAUUUGAGACAUGAAGUUCUUAGUUUCAGAUAAGUCUGUAUAAUUUGGGCAGUAACUGCUAAUGCAAAAUUACACAAAUAACCUCUAGAGCCAUGAUGGCAAACCUGUGGCACACAGAGCCCUCUCUACGGGCAUGCCAGCCAUUGCUU